UUUGUCCAUCGCGAUUUUCACUGUCAAUCUGAACACGAGCACUUGAAUGGUUUUCCAGCAUUUUCUUAGCUCGCAUACAGUGGCUGCACAUAAAUACUGCCAGUGCCAUUGUUUCAAGAUGUUAGUAACUCAGCCCGUAUUUUCACAGCGAUUUCACUAGUGGUUGGGUAAAGCAGAGAGUGGCCGACAUGUAGGGCACCAUCUAGAAGCAAUAAUACAGUAUUAUUUAUCAAAGAAGCCCCUAGAGGUCCGAGUUAUAAACUUAAGUUCGCAAAUGGAUUUUAUCUGUGGUGGAUUGGCGGCAAGUGGAGCCUGCCUCUUCAGCAACCCGUUCGACGUCUUGAAAACUAGAAUGCAACUGCAAGGCGAGUUGCAAGCCAAAGGCCAGCACAAGGUAUUUUACAAAAAUGUAUUUCAUGCUGGCUAUGUGGUGGCUAAAAAUGAAGGUAUAAAAGGAUUGCAGAAAGGAUUGGGAGUCGCGAUGUUCCUCCACGGCAUCAGGAACUUUGUCAGGCUUGGUAUUUACCAAACACUAGAUAACAAGGGUCUGCUCACAGAUUCUUCGGGUAAAAUAGUGGUGUAUAAAAGUGCGCUUGCUAGCGCGUUUGCAGGAGCCAGUGGGGCCUUUUGCGGCAGCCCGCUCUUCCUGAUCAAAACCCAAUUGCAGUCGCACGCUGCCGAGAAAAUUGCUGUUGGCCAUCAGCACGGACAUAGUGGAGCCCUUCGAGCCCUUAAGACUAUUUAUCGAAAUAAUGAUAUCAGGGUUAUGGAGAGGAGUGAGUGGAACAAUGCUUCGAGCAGUGGCCGGUUCCACCUCUCAAUUAACGACUUUCGCAGCCUCCAAAGAUAAACUUAGAGAGAAUGAGUACUUGCGAAACUCCACAGUACUGACGUCGAUCAUUGCCAGUCUUUUCAGCGGGAU